AUGGGCAAAGUCGGGCGCUUCGCGUGUAUCCUCACGCCUAUGUGCCUUACCCUCGCAUCUUUAAUAUGCUUCAUCAUCGUCAUGCUAGGGCAGACGCCAUGGUCUGGCAACAACGCCCCAGCAACAGCCUUGGGGCGCGAUCUCUACUUCUUCAAGGCGGACACAAGUAAACUAGUCGAGAACCCCGAGAACUUUUUGGACAAGAUACCCGACGGCAUCACACCCGACGCCGCGGAGAAAUUCCUCGACGCCCUCCGAGGCAAGAUGGACGCCAAGGAACUCAAGGACUUCUACCAGGUCGGCCUCUUCUCCUACUGCGAGGGCGAGAAGGAUGCGCAAUCCGGCAAAGAGACUAUCACAUACUGCUCCGCGCGCAAGUUCCAGUUCCACUUCGAUCCCCUCGCUAUCUGGGGCAUGAACGGCACCAACAUCCAAGAGGUGCUCGGCGAUAAAUACGACAGCGGCAUGAACGCGUACAAGAAGGCUGCUGGCUGGAUGAACUGGGCUUUUGUCAUCACGAUUGUGCUCACGGCUGUCGAGUUUGUCAUUGGUUUCUUUGCCAUCUUCUCGAGAUGGGGCAGCCUUGUUACUACUGUCGUGUCUACCGCACAAACCCUCUUCGCCAUCGCCGCCGCCGGAACCGCGACAGCCAUCUACGGCACCAUAACCGGCGUCUUCAAGACGGUCCUCGAUCCCUACAACAUCAAGGCUUCCAUGGGCAGCCAGAUGCUCUCCGUUCUCUGGCUCGCGGUCGCCUUCUCCAUCGGCUCCGGCUUCUUCUGGCUCAUCAGCGUGUGCUGCUGCAGCGGAAAGAGCAGCCACAAGAAGAUGGUUGUUGAGAAGACCCCAUACACAUACGAGAGGGUUGCGUCGCCGGCGUUUGGCCAACAGGGCCAUCAGAUGCAGCAGUGGCCUAGCAGCCAGAAGCAGACGCCGCCUACGGGUCAGCCUACCGCCUAUGAGCCGUUUAGAUCGCGCGUCUGA